CUUCUUAUAAUCUUCCCUCUAAAAUAUCCAUCCAGAGAAAGAUGAAAAAGAAGUUGGUAUAAUCACUAGCUCUUUUUUGAUGGAUGAAUCUGUCUCAAACCGACGCCUUCUAUCGUACUUCAUAUUCUGAGCAAACUAUACGUACUACUCGAAGAUCUUUGUUUUGGGGAACAAUACCACUAGAAUACUCGUUUACAGAAGCACUACCUGAAAAUUUUUUCUUGUAUCUAGUACUUAUUCGAAUCUAUCACUAGCAAUUUAUUGCGCAUUUGGUACUACUUGAAGAAUCUUCAUCCUCACAUUGCGAUGUCUAUUGAGUUUGAGUGAUUCAUCCUAAUCAUCAGAUAUUACCUGAAUAUCCCUACAUAAAAAACUAAAACCUAUCAUAGCGUACUAGUAGUCACAACGAUAUAGACUUUUCUCACUUCAAGGAAAAAUAUUUCUUCUCACAUCAAGGAAAAAUGACAAGCUUUUUCUCUCGUCUCCGUUCCGGAACCACUACCCCGUCGACCUCAGCUGGUGGCACGCCACGAGUUGGCGACGACAAUGACGUUAUGGACGCCAGCUGCCCACGCGCGGCACUGAUUGGUCGUGUAGGAGCCGGAAAGACGACGCUUUUCAACCGUGUGUGCGAUGCACACCGCCAAGCCGAAAUCACCGAUGAUUCCUGCACACGCAGUUUCGCGAAACGACGCGUGUUCUAUGACGGCUGCGCGAUGGAGCUACUGGACGGUCCCGGAUGCAGCUCCACUGAAGACGUGUAUGCUCACAGCUAUGUGCUGAAAGAGGGGCUCACGGCUGAGCCGCUCCACGGAAUUUUCGUCGCAGUGUCGUAUGACGCGCGCAUCCGCAACAACAUGGGCGGACACUUCUACGAGGCGGCGAAAAUGCUGAAACCGGAGUACCACGACUUGAUCGUGCUUGUGGUCACGAAAAUGGACCAGUUUGAGCCGGACCAGAACAAAUUCACAACUCGUGACGCCAUGGAAACGCACAUCGCCAAGAUUUUUCGGGAGGACUAUGGUGUCACGCGAGUCCUCUUCUCGGAUCGUGAUAUGAGUGGCGCCGACCUUUUUCACGCAAUGCGCGAUGCGUUGUCUUUUCAUGGAGGAUCUUCUGCUUCUUCUGCUGAAUCUGGAAAACUUCCUCUUCCGGUGCAGCUGAGCUAUUCGGACGAGGAGUUCUUCGAAUAUUUUGACGUGAAAGCGUGGAAGGGCCGCGAGCAGUUUGACUUUCAUAGACUGAAGAAAAAGGUUGAGACUCUCACAGCCGGGUACGAAGAGGGACUGCAGCACCUAAUGGAGAAUCGUCAGAAGUAUUAAGGCUAGUUUUUCACAACUAUCUAUCCUGUGUCCGAAAUAUUUAUGCCGAGAGGCAUCCGUGCGUCUUGUAAAGGCAAAGGGGAAAAUAUGGGACACGUCACUCAGCCAGGCAUAGGGAAAAACUAGCGUUAAAAGUGCCAGCAGAUGGAGUUCCAGGAUCUGCUCUACGCAUUGAUCCAGCAAUCGCGCGUGCAGCUGGAGGAGGACAUCUACGACGGAUUCUGCAAGCGCCAUGGUGAAGACCAGGUCGCGUUUGACGAUUACGCUACCAGCAUCGAACUGCAGAAGAUCAUCCAUAAGGCGCACCGUGAGUUCCGAGACCAGGUGAAGCGGUACCUCGCUGUGAACCCCGACAACGUCUGCGACUGGCGCAACGCCGUGCGUCGCUGUCAGUACUGCGGCGAAGUCUGGGUGAAGGUCGAGGGCUGCGACGGCGAGACGACCUGUGGCGCCCGCCCGACUACAAACGAAAAAAGAGCCGACCCAAGCUUCUUUCGCCUCGUGUGGAACUGGGUAGAAGGUCGCCUGCGACCGGGAAGCUUCCUGAUGAGGAACCGGAACUUGGAGCACCCGUUGGCGGGCCACCUCACUCUAGGAGAGGACCGCAGCGUGCGCAAGAUCGGUUGCGGAAAGUCGAUCGUGUGGAAAAACCAGGCGAUCGUUCCUGCCGCGGAACUAGACCAGCUCUUUAGUACGCAGGAACUCGAGAACAUUCUGAGCUCCUUCAAGAUGGAAUCGCGGUUCGUGGCGUUGAAGAAAAAGAAGGAGAGAAAGAUCCAGGUCUUUUCGAAACUGGAUAAAGUUAAGACCUCACUUAUAAUCCAUCUUCUAGCCCAUCUGUAAGCUGUUUGCGAGAAGAAAAGCGGAGGCAGAUGAGGGAAAAGAUGGAUUGUAGUGAGUUCUAAUAGAGACGGUUGUGACGUGCUCGAAGCCGCAGUCCCGAUGGAUCAGAGUCUUUUCGAAACUGGAUAAAUACGGUUGUGACGUGCUCGAAGCCGCAGUCUCGAUGGAGGAGGACGGGAACGAGGAAGAAGCCACAGCAACCGUCUCUCCACGGAAAUAGACAUCGAGGAGGGCAACGUAAUUUUACAAUCGAAUUGAGUACUUCACGGCGUGCGCGAAGGUGCUCUGCCAACAUAUUUGUUAAUUCGUGAUGAAAAAACUAGUGAAGUAAAAUUUCAAGUAAAACAAGGCCCGCCAGAUGAUGAUAGUUAGGACCAAGAAUAGGAUAUCAUAAUAUUUUUAUGUUGUUGCUAUUGUGUGUAGUACCUACAAGGCAGAGACGAUGGAAUUACGGCAUAUUUGAAGGACAGCUUGAAUAGAAGCUGUAACUACCAUCCUCAUCGAAAGAAUUACACAAAGGAGCAGACUGAAAAACCUAGAACUACAACAAAUUCAAAUACAUAGUACAAAAGCACGAUAAAAUUCAAAUCUAUCGUUAUCUUGAGUAGCUUUCCUCGAUAGAUUAAGUAAUUUGAACUCACAACUCCGAUUGAUCGGGAUUCGAUCGCGGUCACCUUCAAAGCUUAAAAUGAGUAUGCGCCGUACUAAAGACGACAUCUACAGGAACGUUGAACAUCAAUAUACUAAAAACAAAUUCCUCGUUUUGAUCCUCUAGUCUUUCGUGAAUAAUGUUCUUUGUUUCAGGUUGUAGAAGUUCGUUACAUGAAUACGUGGGAUUACGGUGGACAAUGCUCUAAAAAUACUAUAUCAGAAGUCCUCAAAUGCUUCACAAUCACAUGAAGGUCUCAUUCGUCAAAGAUACUGAUACAUAUCAAUUCUUGGUAGCAUCAAAUAAAUAUUCUGUUACUGGAAAAUAAACUUAUAAAAAAUAUAUACCCUAUUAUACUUCUAGUCGUAUGUUGUCCGAAUCUUCAUGACGACGAGUGCAUUGCUCGGAUUAUGGCCAUUGCCACCCAUUCGGAAUUGAAAAAUUAUCUCGUUAGAAACCAUUGUAAUUGUUAGAAUGACGGUCUUUCUAGCCAAACGGAGGUGUCUAAACCUCCGUUUGGCUAGAAACCUUACGAUACACUCGCCCUCAUUCUCGCUGCUAGCUACUGCAAGUGUAGCGCUUGGUCAAG